GCAAGCCCAAAUCCAGCGCCCGGAGCCUAGUGUCCAAGGAGAAGCUUUUGGCGGCCGAAGAGCUGGAAUUGGCCAAGGUGGUCAUGUUGCUGCUUUAUUAUGCUUCCAUGAGCGAUAAGAUUCCUCGGGAGUGGACCAUGCUCGAAUAUGACCUCCAGGCGGAGAUGGCCAAGUUCCUGAACUUCAUGCUCUACAAUGAAGAUUGUCUCAGUGAGAAUCUGGAGAACUUUCUCCAAAAGAAAAUGCCCCCAUCAUCAAGUACCUCCAGUGCCAGCUCGGAAGAGAGCACCCCACCAAAACGAGAGGUGCCUUUCCUGAAAUUACACAAGAUUGCAUCUUCUUCCAGCAUGAACAAGUUGCUCCCAGGCUCCUCCACUUCUCCUAUGGGGGAGAUCAUGCAGACCCCCCAGUUUCAGAUGAGGAGGCUGAAGAAGCUGCUGGAAGCUGAGCGAGAGAACCGUGACGAACUGGAGCAUGAAUUGGCAGAGAAUCGAAAGCUCAUUGAUGAGAAAGAUACGCGAAUCCUGAUGAUGAAGCAGCGGAUUGACCGCCUAACUCUCCUCCAGGAGCGACAGGCAGCUGAUCAGCUGGAGCCCAAGGAGGUGGAAGAGCUCCGAGAAAAGAAUGAAAGCCUCCUCAUGCGCCUGCACGAGACGCUGAAGCAGUGCCAAGAUCUGAAAACAGAAAAGGGGCAGACAGACCGGAAGAUCAGCCAACUCUCCGAGGAGAAUGGAGACCUCACCUUCCGACUCCGAGAAUUUGCUCGCACCCUGACAGAGCUGCAAGAAGCCAUGAACGAAAUGUGUGAAGAACACAACACAGCCCUGAAGGAAUGGGAGGAGCGGAGGAGUCGCCUGGAAGCAGAUCUCCACAGUGCCCUUAGCGAGAAGAGAUGCCUGGAAGAGAAAGUGGAGAUUCUGCAAGGGAAGAUCUCUCUGCUGGAGGAUCAGCUAGCUAAGCUGAAUGAGACUGCUUCCCUGCCUGUGAAAGGAGAGGUCAUGGGCGAUGUGUUAAAGCUCGAAGGCCUGAAUCAGCAAGUGGCGAGUCUCAGCAGCAAGCAGGCUGAACUGCAAGCAACCAUUCUUCGUCUUGAAGAAGAGAAGCGCCUCCUCGAGGCCAAUCUUCAAUCCGAAAGGAGAAGCUUUGAAUCUGAGAAACUCCAGCUUACGGGCCUCCUGACAGAGCUGCAGAAUUCUAGCUCUGAAAUUUCUCGAGCCAAGGAGAAGCUGGAGCAGGACUGCCGGGCCCAAGAGGAAUGUUUGAUUGCUCAAGCCAACACCCUCACUGCAGAAAUUGGGAAGCUGACGGGCUUCCUUCGCCAGAGGGACGAGGAGCUGCUGGCUCUGCAUCAGCAAGUGGAAGUGGAGAGGAACCAGAAGAGUCAAUUAGCUGAAGACUUGCAGAAGAAAGAGCAGAUGUCUCGGGCAGCUAUUGAAGAACUGAGCCACCAGGUGGAUCAGCUGAGCAGCUCUCUGAAGCAGAGCAAUGAGAAGAUGGCCCAGGUGGAAGCAGCCAGUCAGGAAGAGUACAACAGGAUAGCCCAGGAAAAGGAGCUGGCUGUAAGGCAGCUCCAGGAGAAAGAAGUAGAACUGUCUUCCCUGGCAGAACGGCUGCAGUCUCUGGAGCAGGCUCGGAAUACUUCUGCUCUGGAGACCCAGCAGGAGAAAGCUGAGAUGAGUCAGAAGAUCCAAGCAUUGGAGGCUAGAGUUUUGGCCCUCACGGCCCAGUGCCAGCAGAGUGAGGCCCAUGUAGGAGCCAUUCCAGCACUGAAGAGCCAGUUGCGAGAAGCUCAGCAGAAACUGGCUGAGAAGGAGAAGCUGGCCAAGGAAAAUACUCGCCUCCAGGAGCGGCUGAUGAUCCUCGAGGAGUCCGUCCGCAACACAGAAGGCAUCCUGGAGGAUGAGAAGAGGAGAGGAGCAGAGUCCCUGGAGGGCAAUCUCCGGCAAAUAGCAGAGCUGGAAGAGCAGAUCCAGGAGCUGACCAAACACAAGGACCAGGCUAUGCAAGAAAUGGUUGAGGAGAAGGCCAAGAGGCAAGCUUUGGAGGGCCAAAUGCAGCGACUGGAGGAUGAAUCUAGGAACAAGUUAGAAGAGCUUCAGCACCAGUUGACUGAGUUGUCUUCUGCCAAAAGGGAGCUGACUGAACGUGGUGGGCUGGAGCAAACUGCCAAAGCCCUCAGUAUGGGUCAGGAGCAAACUGGCCAGAAGCUUCAGACUGACCAGAAGAAAUUGGCAGAACUGGAAGCCCAGCUAAAAAGUCUCAAUGCCCAACACCAAGAAGCUCUGGCUGCUAUUCAGGCCAAACUGUCUCAUGCUGUUUCCCAAGUCAAGGAGAAGACAAACUCAGAAGAGAAGCUCCAAGCCAAGGUGGCCACUUUGCAGGAGGAGUUGGCUGCAGCACGCCAGGAAGCAGCCAAGUGUGUGGCCCAGGCAAAGAAGGAUGGGCACAAAGCAACCCAGGCCCUUGAAGUGGCCACUAGAAGUCUGGCUGAAGAGAAACUCAAGAGAGAUGAGCUGGAAGCCAGAGUGAAGCAGUUGGGAGAGCAGAGCAGUAAAGAUCUGACCACUGCGGAGUCCAGUUUGUCCAGCCUCAGGUCUGCUCUGAAGGAGAAAGAGCAUGAGGUGGAACAGUUCUCUGCCCAGGUGAAGAUGCUGAAGGCCAAGUUGGAGGAAGCCAUGCAGCAACAGAAGCGUGAGCUGGCUCAGCAUGAGGAGGAAGCCAAGCGGCUGGCAGGGGAGGAGGAACGAGCCAAAGCAGAACUGGCCACAGAAAAGGCCCAGAAGGCGGCCCUUGAGGUGCAGCUGCAGAACAUCACGAAUGAGCACCGGGUGGAGGUCUCAAGUCUCCAGGAGGAAGUGGCCAGGGCCCAGGACCUGGUGGGGGAGAAAGAGAGGGAACUGGAGGAGCUGCGGCUGAAGAACGUCUCCCGCUGUGAGGAGCUGAGGGAUCUGCAGAAGACAGUUAGCAAGCUAAAAGGAGAACUGGCUUCUGUGGAGGCCCUGAAGGAGAGAGAGGCCAAAAUGGAGAAUGAGCUGCAGGGAUUUCUGGAAGUGGCCAGAACCCGGGAAGCAGAGAUAGACAGCAUGAAAGCCAUGAUUCUUUCCAAGGACAUGUCGCUCAAGAGCCUGGAGGAGCAGAAACAACGCUGGGACAAGGAGUGUGCCUCCGUCCGGGAGUUGUAUGAGAAGCAGCUGAAGGAGGGUGAAGCGCUCCAUAGUCAGGUCAACAAGCUUGAGAAGCAGUGCAAGGAGCAGCAGAGCACCAUUACCAAAUUGGAGAAGAUGACAGCAGCCUCGAAAGAACAGCAGCACUUGGAGGCAGAAGUGUUAAAACGGGAAGCAGGGCAGCAGAGACAGAGGAUCUCUGAGUUGGAGAAGCUCCUGGAGGCUUCCAAGGCUACUGUGGAGAAAUUGAAGAGGGAGCUCCUUGACACAGGAGAGGAGCUGGCCCGAAGCAGAAAGGCCAUGUCAGGAGCUGAGGAAGAGCUGACUUCCUUGCGUACCUCAGCUCAGGAGAAGGACAGGUCGGAGGAAAGCUGGAAGGAGCAAAUGUCACGGUAUCGCCAGGACGCUGAGAGGAAGGCUAGCCAUAUCAGCAGCUUGGAGCAGGACAGGUCCAUCAUGCACAGGCAGCUGCUGGAGAAGGAAGCUGAGAGCAAGGACCUGCGGCGCCUAGUCAUGGCUGAGUCUGAGAAAAGCAAGAAGCUGGAGGAGAGACUGAGGCUCCUCCAGUCUGAGAUGGCCACAGCUGCUGCCCGAGCAGCAGAAAGGUGCUCGGCUAUGAAAGCGGAAGCCCAGAGCUCCCAGGAGCAGGCUGAGAAGCUAAGGCUGACUAUGGACACCCUGAAGAAGGAACUGAACAUGCUCUCCAAACGGGAGGAGGACCUCUGCAAAGAGCUCAGGUCUUGCCAGGAGAAGGCUUCCCAGAAGGAGCAGCUCUUCACAGGCCAGCAGCAGGAGUUGGCAGGAGCUCAGGCUUUGAUUGGAGAGCUGAUGCCCAUCAAGCGCUUGUACCAGCAGCUCCAGGUUGAGCAGGCCUCCCAGGAGGACAAGCAUCGAGAAGAGGUUGAGCAGCUGCAGAAGGCCACUGGCAUCUUGCAGGCAGAAUUGAGCAGAACCAAGCUGGAGCUCUCAGAGCUGUUCUCCAUAAAAGAAAGGUUCCUCAAACAAGAGCACAUUCUCCAACAGCUUCAGGUGGAGAAUGGCAGUUACACAGAGCAACUAACCACUCUCCAGCAGGCUCACACACAGCUGGCCGAGGAGAACAGAGAGCUAACUGAGAGAGCCAGUCAUGGGCGGCAGUGCCUGGAUAUGGAGUUGGCACAGGCCAAGCAGAAGCAUGCUCUGGAGUUGGAGGCUGCCAGAUUGGACUCUGAGAAACUAGUGGCUGGGAGCAGGCGGGAGGCUGAGGAGGCCCAGAAGAAGCUGGAGACAAUGGCUAAGCUGUAUGAGGACACCAAGCACCAACUGAGAGUUCAGGCAGAGAAGCUGGAGCUGCAUCAGCGAGAGCAAGCUAAACAGGUGGACGAGCUGAAACAAAAGCUGGCUCAGCAAGAGAAGGCUGGCCAGGCCCAUCAGCAGAAAGCUAAGGUGCGUGAAGAGGAGCUCCGGUCAGAGAUGAAGCAGCUGAAGGAGAAGACGGCAGAUCUUCAGACUCAGCUGGCGCAAAAGGAGCAGGCCACCGAGCAUUACAAGGCUCAGAUGGAGAAGGCAAAAACGCACUACGACGCAAAGAAGCAGCAGAACCAGGAGCUCUUGGAGAAGCUGAAAGGCCUGGAGCAGCUGGAGAAGGAGAACACUGAGCUGAAGGCGGAAUCGGAGCGCCUCGCCAAGGAGCUGCAGCGCAUGGCCCUGCAAGCCACGGAGUCAGAGCUCAGCCUGAAGAACCUCACCAGCCAGGUCCGGGUCCUGCAGGCGCAGCUGGACUUUGCAGAUCGGCAGCUUCGAGAGCAGGGCAAGGCCCAAGCAGCCCUGGAGACCUUCAAGGGCCACGAGACCUUCAGGCAGAGCUCAGCUGACAUCAGCACGGACAGCCUGGACUUGAGCGCCAGCGAUGAAGGGCAGCCCCUUAACUCCACCAGCAGGAAGACCCGCCGGUCUCUGUCUGAAUCCGGGGCAGCAGAGUCAUCCAAGGCGUCACAGCAGCUGCCCCGCAAGAUAGAGUCCUUGGAGAGCCUGUAUUUCACGCCAAUCCCCACCCGGGCACGGUCCAAGCUGGAGAACAGCAUUGGCUCCAUCGGCGAUGCUGCCCUGGAUUCGGGACAGAAAGCUCUCUCCGGCCGUCAGCGCACCACGCAGCUGAUCAACAUCACCAUGAUCAAAAAACACCCCAAGCUGGAGGCCCCAGACAGCGCGAACGAGUCCUUCGUCAGCGUGCGGUCCUCGGGGUCAGGGGACAGCGGCUUGAGCCAGGAGUCGGUCAAGACCCGGCUGCGUUCAGCAGCCGCCACCGCCUCCACCCGCUCGCUGGCCAGCCUCCCCUCUCAGGAGUCCCUCAGCAGGCUGGACGCCUCUUCCCCCGAUGGCAUGGCCGGCAACGCUGCGCUGAAGAGCCUGCCGGGCUACCGGCCUGCGACCCGCAGUUCUCUGAGGCGCUCCCAAGCAGGGGGCGCAAACACCGGCCGCAGCAGCUUCUACGCAGGCUCCUGCGAUGACGAGCCUGAGCCGCUGGAGGGCUGGAACCGCAUUGCUGAGCUGCAGCAGCGCAACCGGGUGUGUCCGCCUCACCUGAAGACCUGCUACCCGCUGGAGUCCCGGCCCUCUCAGCUGCUGACAGUCAUCACAGACGAAGAGAUGAUGACGGGGGACCCCAAGGAGACCCUCCGGCGGGCCAGCAUGCUGCCCUCUCAGGUUGCCGAGGGCCCCAGUACCCGCCGUAGCACACUGAGCGCCAUCUGGGCUGCGGGAGGGGUUGCCACGCGGCAGCAGCGGAAGCGCCUUUCGGAAGAGCCCCAGGUGGGGCCAGGGACUCCCGAGCCCAAGAAAUCGGCUGGUUGCUUCCCCCGGCCCCAGACCCCCGAGGGAAGCCCCGAGGAUCGAAAGCAGGGUGCCCUCGCGGGAGGCAAGAGGAGCAAAGCCCAGCCAGCAGGCAAGCAGUCUGAGAGGCGUCAGUCGCUGGCGUUCAGCAUCCUGAACACACCGAAGAAACUGGGGAACAGCCUCUUGCGCCGUGGGGCCAAUCGUAAGGUGACUCCUAAAAGUUCCCCCCGCGGCGGCAGCCGGAGAUCUCCCAGGACAGCUGCGUCUUCAAAGGGCAAGGGCAGCUCCAAGUCGCCGAAGAGUGUGAAAUUCUAGUGCCCUUUUCUCCGGCUGCCAACUCCGCCACGCAGCAUCCCUCGCGGGAGGAGGAGGAGGAGCAAGGGGCCGACAUCCCUCUGCCGCUGCCGUCGCCUGCGCCUCCCUGCGGCCCGUCCCCCUGCCUCAAGGAGGCCUAGGAACAAGGCCUUCUCCUCCGAGGCCCCUUCCGCCUCUAUCCCCACGCCCAGCGAGGGUGGAGAAGGGGGAGCCUCCUGUUCACAGCCUCCGUGAGUGUGUGUGCCUUCCUCCCCUCCCCUCCCCUCCCCUCCCCGGGGAAUUGGGGCAGUCCCCAGACCGUUGCAGGCCCAUCCCUGCACCAACCUCGGGCCCUGGAAUCGAGGCCUGAUCGGCCCCCGGCUGGAUCACCCCCAGGCACAAAGGUCCCAAAGAAACCUUGCUGGCCUUUCUUCCUUGCUGGCCUCCUCGCAAGGAGCUCGGCCCUCGUGCUCCUUAGGGCCCCCUUUGCUGCUGGCGGAAGAAGAGCGGCAGACGCGGCUGGCCUCUCAAGGCCUCGCGGGAGGGCUCCUCCCUCGUGUUGGUGCUCCCCUCGCGGCGGCGUUCCUCCUCGGCUCCUUGCGCUCCUGGAAGGCUCGGCUGCCGGGCAGGCGAUGGGGGCUGCGAGCGAAGGUGGGGCCCUUCCCGCGGCGGCUCCCCGCAGGGUCAGCCUUGUCUGUGCGCUGGGAGGUUGUGCCCUCCCAGGGAGGGGGGCAUGCUGCCGUUCCUUAGAGGAGGGGGGACAGCUUGGGCAUGGGCCUCUCUUUCUCUCGCGGCUUUACUCAGCAACGUUGCUUUGUAUUGUGCUCUGUAGAACCUGGGUUGGGGCAGGGGAGCCACGGGCGGGCGCCUGCCAGGAACUCACCUGGGGCAGGUAGGCGAAGGUGAGCCUUUCGCUGUCAGGGUUGGGAAUGAUCCUGGGUGGUAUAUCUGACGGGUUGUGUUUCUGCGCCAGCCUGUGGUGCCAGCCGAGCACUGCCCAGAAGCCGUGGGGCUGCCCUCCUUGGUUUCAGGGGGCUGGCGAAGGUGUGUUUCCAGUUGGGUGAGGGGAGAGUCCAGCCCUGGGCCUGGGGAGAGGGGCUUCUCCUGCUUCUCCAUGGGGGGGUGCGCUGGUCCGAGCCGGGGCUGACGCGCUCUCCCUGGGCACGGGCUGCCAAAGGGAGGUCCUGGCGGAGGAAGGCUCCCGGGCUGGGGGGGCACCGCCCAAGGGCUUCCCCUGCUUGCAAUCCUCUACUACUCGCCUUUGUAGAGACUUUAGCAAUCAAAUGUGUCAUUUUAAAUAAUGUUUCUACUUGUAAAUAAAUGGUAUUUUUCUCCCAGUGGUGGCUGAUUGUGGCUUUGCAGCGAUCCUCUCCCUGCCUACUUAGAAGCCAGCCCCGCUGGUGUCUGGGGCACCACUGGGACUGGCAGCCUCAGUCGUCGUGUUCGAGGACUGGACAGAAGGGUGCCAAGAGCAGGCCUGACCUGCAGCGUAAGGCCGGGCAAACGAGAAAGUUCUCCUGCGCUUAUGCAGAGCGCAGUUUUCUUCCUAGGCUGGCACAAGACCACGAGGGGAGCCCUUCGGCUUGUUUCGUACCAUGUUUUGUACCAACAACAAAAGGGUUGGCGAAAAUGAGCUCCAGCAGUUAGCAGAGGCAACUUAUGACGAUGGCUUUUCCAAAGAGAGGAGAAAAUACUGGCAGAGCUUUUUAUGGGAAUAUUGUGAAGUUUUAUACAAUAA